AUGUUUUUCCGUACAGUCUGCCACUACCACACCAGGAGUGCUCAUGGAUCCGCGAAGAACGACUCCUCUAGAGACAAGGUUACCGGCGUCUACGCGCCACACGACAAGGCGGUUGCCCCAGAAGAACUCCAGGAGAAGUUACCUGUCGAAAGGGCAGGAUCCGCACCAGCUGUCCCGGGUGCAGACCCCUGGCCAGACUAUGCUCCGACCUCGACAAACAACGGCCUGAUGAUCGACGACUUCCUGCAGUUCUAUCGGAAGAUCGAUGGCUGGUACUUCCUUCAUUGCGGAUGCCUCCUGGACGAUGUUCUCCUAGACUUCUUCUUGUGGAAGUCUAAUCUCCACGUUAAUUCGAUGUACGGUCAUCGUGAAGAGUUUGGCAGUCCAUUGGAACCCCGAGCUCGAACGUGGAUCUGCUCCUUCAUCAAGAUUACGUUGAAGACGAAGGUCGAGAUGCUGUACGCCUACGACGAGCAUGGCAACUUCCGACCUUGGGAACGCCUGGCCGUGCUGCAGAUCAAGAACCUUUGGCAGCAUUUGGAGGCUAAGGCAAGUCGUUCGAUGGUUCUCGUUGCGCUGAACCACGACGACAAAAAGGAGCAGGAGGACUGGGAGUGGACCAACUCGGACCAAGAGUACGACGACAAAUUGAGGGAGGAGAUCGCGAAAGAGAGGGAGGAGGCAUCGAAGGCGGAGAAGGAGGCUGAACGACACCGAUUGAGGGAGUUAAAGGAGUUGGAGAAAGAGGAACUAGGCGACGAUGAGCGAGAGCGGAGGAGGGAGGAGAAGCGAAAGAAGAAAGAGAAGAAGAAGGAGAAAAAGAAGGAGAAGGAGAAGCGGGAGAAGGAGAAGCGAGACAAGAAGGACAGGAAGGAGAGAGAGAAGGGGGUUGAAGACGAGAAGAAGAGGAAGAAGAGGAAGGAGUCCAGGUCCCCUUUGCCUCCCUCGAAGUGCACCAAGGCCGAGUAG